UCUUGGCUACUUUGUAAUUUCAAUUACUAUCUCAGCUGGAUAUACUACAUUGGGUUCCUGGUUGGAUACUACUGAAUAGCUAGGUCAUCAUGGCGACCCCAUCGUCGAAACCGAACCCAGGAGCCACUCCCACGCAUCUGACCUCGUCCCCUCGUCCACACAUGGCCCGACCAAUCGCGCACAAAUCGCCCUCCACAAGAACCCCCUCAGCUUCCGGCCCGGGUCACACCCAACCCCCGACCUCGACGCACCAGUACGCUACCCCUCUCGCCGUGACCGCCGGAACGGAGGACCCCGUGACGUUCAGCUCUCCGUCGGCUCUCCUCGCUCUCGGCGGGUAUAGCGGAAUCAGCCCGUCUCCUGCUGGUCACGAUGGCCUCGUCGGCGCAGGUAUGAAUGACAAUGACAUUCAGGCGCUGGGCAUGCAGGGAUUGAAGCUCGGGGGUGCUCGAGAUAGCGAUGAGGAGCGCAGACGACACAUUGAAGACGUGGUUCAGCUGCUCCGGACCCGGGUCUCGGGUCGGGGAGUGUGCAGGGAAGGCAUUGAGCGACUGGGUGACCUUGAAGGGUUCGAGUCGAUUUGGCAGGAGGAUAGCCUCAGCAUUGCGGGGAAUUUUGUCGACUUGGAGAUUGAUUUCCAUCGGGGGUAUAAUGUGGUCAAGGAUGUCAGUUUGAAGUAUGCGACACCUGAUGCUGCGGACGAGGAACGGCGGGAGGCUACGGCCGUUCUCAAGCGUCACUUGAUACAGUCACCUGAAGAGGGCGAACGGGGCACUUGGAAGCCUUUGAGCGGGUUUCAUGAGAAUCUACAGUGGCUGGCGAAGCAUGAUCGACUCAGUCAGGAGGUCAAUUGUUUCGAGGCUAUCGAGGGGCUUUACGAGAGCUUGAAGCGUGUGUGGGAUGCCGAGUGGAAGCAUCGCACAUUCGCCGGUGUCUAUGAUCAUCUUUGCAGUGGCUGGGUGGGGAGGCCGGGUCUGCAUAAGGGACGUCGCAUGGGGCUCGGGCUGGACUACUGGAUGCAGCAAGCACGCGUUCUGGAUGCGAAGCAGAAGAAGAAAUCGUCGGAUGAAAUGGAGGUCGACCUGCCGAAUGGGCAAUCGGACGAGGAGUCGGAUUUGGCCGGAAAAUGGAGUGUCGUGAUUGAGUGCGAAGAGGGCUAUCCUUCCCUCCGCGUGUCGAAGGAGUGGGUUGGGCCGGAGGUUCUGACGGUGGUUAAUAACGGCAAUGGACCAUCGUCGAGUGAGUCCGGGUCUGAUGCUGGAGUUGUCAACUGGCUCGACCCCCCGGCGACAUUGACUUCCAACCAAGACCAUCCGGACGCCAUGGCGCUUGACUCGGGCAUGCUGGGUUCUGCUCCUAACCGUCGGUUCGUUGCUAAACUGGAGCCACCCUUGGAUUUACCGAUACUGGCUGCAUCGGAUAUUUACCGACACCUGGGAAUGCAGCUGCCGCAGGAGUUCAAGAUGGUCACCUACGAUGGAUUGUUGGCCCCGGGAUGGUCGCCUCUGUCUGCGGCCGGCGCCAUGGGGUUGGGGCCUGAGGACGCAUCUCAGCUUGGUCGGAGAAGCCGGCGGAUGCCCGUGCAGACAGUUGACAGCGAAGGCAGAUCGUGUACAAAGCACCACAGCUAUACAUUUCAGCCGUUCGAGUCUGUUGCUGGCCGAACAAUGAGAGACUUUCCUUUCUCGCAUCCUAGGCAACUUGCCGAUAUUCUUCCGAUCCUGCGCCAGUAUGCGUUUCUAGCGAACCUAAUUCGCAGCAUCUUCAGUUCCUCAUUCAAACCCGACGAUGAGAAAUCCGACGACCAGACUACUUCGCAAGUUCUGUCGUUUUCUAAAGGGAAAGCAAAGAAGGACGAUGUCAUAAUCCUGAGCAACGAAGAUCCAAACAAGAAGAGGCUUGAUCAAUUGCUGGGGGGCUUUGGCACAGCUGCUUUCCCGGGUGCUAAGGGCAAAAGUCCUGCGACUGCUGGGGAUGGGCACUUGGAUGUCGACUCUGCUAUUGACGACGUCAAGGUAGAAGUGACGUUGCGCACGCAGCUCGGACAGGCACCGGUGAUUAUGCUACUGUUUGCUGUGGAAAACGCGGACGGAUCGUCGGAACCGGUCAACCUGGAGGCUGCAUUGAACAAGGUCUCUAUCAGUCUAGAAGUCGGGCUCAACGGCCGCGUCGCAGUGGUGGACAUGACGGGUCUGCUAGAAGACGAUGGGACAACCACGGACAGCAUGGACGGGCAAGUCCAGAGCGAGGCUCUCGAGUUGCAGGCCAAAAUCGCGAAAGUGCUGGAAUUAUCCCAGGACAUUGGGAUCUUAGUGGAAUGGAUGUUACGAUGGGCGCGGCAGCGAAAGGGCCGCUGAAACUGCGGUGUCCGAG